AUGUUCACACUAUACGCAAUCGAUGUAAGCUCGUUUAAUCGCCUAUUAAACGAGUUUACAGCAAUUCUUGCAACAAAUGGUCAGACAUCGGCGAAAUUGUAUGUACCUCGUUCUAUUCAAGGAAUAAAGGAUACAGACAAAAUAGCCUUUGUUAAACGAGUCGAUCUAGAAAUACCAGAAGAUCGAAUAACGGUAGCACUAAAAGACGUUGGUCUCGAUAUUACAGAUGUUAUUCGAUUAAAAGCUAAAGAGCGAAACACACCGACUCAAACAAUAAAAGUAACAUUCGCUGAUGCACAAAAUCGAAACACGUUUGUCCAAACUGGGCUACAGGUCGACUUAAUGCACUUUGUGGCUGAAGUAGCCAAACAUAAUUCAAAGUCAGUACAAUGCUACGUGUGCCUUAAAUACCACGACGUAGCAAAGUACUGCAAGACAAAACAGCAAACAUGCGCAAGAUGUGGUGACAAUUAUCAGGUCGACAAAUGCAAGGGUACAGCCGAUACAUGGAAGUGUUGCAAGUGCAAAGGAAUCCACUUGGCAACGCCAAAUGAAUGCCCCAUUUACAAGGAGCAGGAAAAACGUAUGUUAAGGGCCAUCCAACAAUACAGAACUUCUUCAUCACAACCAACAGCAACACCAUACAACAUCAGCAGUUUUGCCGAUUUCCCGAUGUUAUCAUCAAAUUAA